AUGUUGGUGUAUCGUACAGCGUCUAUACUUAAGUUUUUCGUGUGUGGCCAUUUGGGAUACAUUCAAUUCGCUCGCUUCAAUCUUCUGGAAGAAAUUUUGUCGUGGCAACAUCCUUCUGGUUGUUUCUCAUCCCAUACGACUUCUGUGGAUGCUGCUCACCCGGGUCCGGGAAGUCGGAAGCUAAAAACAGAACAAGUACUUUCAGAUGGCUGCUCCUCACAUAUGCUGUCGGUUGCUGCUGGGGCAUUGUCUGUAUAUCUGCGAACUUUCUUACUCGUUGAUUACGCACAUGAUGGGAGUGACUCGAUUAAUCUGCACGAAAGACUGGUCGCUACUUAUGCGUCACUGAAUAACCGUAACAUACCCAAGUUAAAGUCCGUACCAUGGCUUCCCCACCGACAGUCCACUUGGCUUCCCUCGGUCAACAUUGCCGUUUUGACUCGCCUGACCAAACCGCACGGUCUACUUCAUUCCUCCGGUUUAAAAACCGAGUUUUCCAAACGCACCUCCUCACAUGUUUUGGACGCCGGCGUCACAUCUUUGCCACUCCUGUACACCCGUUGCGAAGUCCACAAGCCAUUAAACACUUAG